CUUCCAAAUGUGGCUUUCUUUCCCCGGGUCCACAGUGUCCAAUUCAUGGAGUUUUUGGAAGUGGAGAACCAGGAUGACUACUACAGCACAGGAGCUUGCUAUAUCUACACCCAGGACCAGCAAGGGGUGCAUGUCAUGUAUGACGAAGCCUUGAGUCAUCUGAAGGAACUGGAGACAGAGCUUCUGCUUGUGGCCAGCCAUUACACUGAGAAAGAAAAAGGUCACAAAGAAGGCAGCAAGUCAAAUACUGGCCAGGACUGGGGAUGGGCCCAUGCAGGAGUGGAUAGAUUUGCUGUGCUGUAUGACAUGUGGUCUUGGGAAGCAGCUCGUCGAGAAAAUAAGUGCUAGCUUCUUGACAGUUACUUUGAAGCCUACCAGCAUGUGUGGGACCCUAAGGAGAGGCUGGCCUUAGCGUAAGUGAUCACUGACAUCAUGCACAGGUGCCCAAAGUUUGAUCUCAGCCCCUAUUUCAUUAAGGCCUACCAAGACGAAUGCACCUGCCUGCGGCUUCACCUGCAGCUAGUGAGCGGCGUCCUCAACCAGCACGUGAUAUGUCCAGAGGUUUGGCAAGAAGGCCGUCCAGAUGAUAGCAGUAACUUUGGACUUCCCCUUAACAUCAUUUGCAAACAACUUAUUUCCAUCAGCAAUAACUGCCCAGCUUUGAAAAACGUUUAUCUGCUGGAGUUCCACCCUUCCCUGGGCCUGGCAUCACUCAUUCCCAGGGCCUUUGAGCACUUCUUCCCAGAGGCUCACAUCAGCCUGCGGCCUGGCCUUGCAGGAGAGACACGUACUAUGGCUGGCCUGGAUCUGUGGCUCACCCGGGCCAAGCCCGAGUCCUGGUACAGUGCACAGCUCCAGAAAGAUCUUUUUUCAGCUAAAAUGAUGGGAGAUCCCUUUCUUGUGGGGGAGCUAGGCCUCCUUACACUCAAGUCUGCAGCAGCCAAAGGAUAGAACCAAGGUCAAGAUUUUCAUAUGCUGCUCUUGGAGAUGUUUUCCUAACUUCUGGAACUUGUGACCCUCCACCACCAGCUGAUAGAAAUGAUGCUGGAGAGUGUACACUUAGCUCAUCUCUAUGAGGAAAUGGCUUGGGAGAUGGGUUUUGAAGAGUUCCAUUUAUAUCUGAGGCCUGUUCACUUUGAAUUUGCAUCACACAAGGACAAGAUGGACCAUUCACCUCCUGUCUUUAUCACCUCUCUGCUGGAGAACAGUGAUCAUGUAGACAGAGGGCAGCGUCACUGGCCCUCACAUGUGGGACUCUUGUUCCAUUCAGAAGUGGAAAAUAUGCAAGUCACCCUUGCAUGUCAAGCUGCUCCAACAAAUGCUUUGAUGGUAACUGUCCAGCAGGCAUCCUUCUAUUACACUCCCAGAGGGGGCUGUCCUGCUCAUGUCAAGGUGAGUCUAAGACGGAGAAGACUGAGCCAUGCUACUACUACGCCCGCUCAAGUCAGGCUGCCCCUUUUCCUUCCCUAGUUUCCUCUUUCCCUCCUACCUCCCUCCCUCCUUCGGCUUCUCCCACCCCUUCCUCCU